AUGUCAAUUCAGCUUCUGAGCGCCGAUUUGGCUGCAUUGGUGGCCGAGACCAAACGGAAGAACACAGACAUUCGCCAUGCGGCCGAUAAGUCGCUCGAGACUCUCAAAGCUGGACAGGGGAAAGACGAAAGAGCUUUUUUGAAAUCGCUCUCCCAAAAUCCAGACUUCAUUAACCCUUUCCUCCUUGCUUGCCAAUCCAAGAAUGCUAAACUCACGGGAAUUGCGCUCCAAUGUUUUAGCAGACUAAUUCCUACACACAGCUUACCUGCAACGAAAGUGGAUUUAAUAAUCGACGCCUUAUUAGAGUCUACUCAUUCCGCGAUAGAUAUACAACUCAAGAUUCUGCAAUUGCUGCCCUCCUUUUUCCAAGCGUACUCAAUGUUUAUUAGUGACGAAUCGCUUUCUAAGUUGCUAUUGGUAUGCUCGUCAUUGCAAAGCACAAAUCGGAUGGGUGCCGUUGUCAACACCGCACAAGCCACGUUUCUACAAUUAGUAAAUUUGGUGUUUGAGAAAGUCCACGACGAGGAUCAAAAGGGAGGCUCGGAAGCCCUGUAUGAUGUCCCAAUAAGUACUCAAGAAACAAGGAAGGUUGGGCCUUGCGCAUAUGAUGCACAACGAAUUGUGAACGACCUUUGCACUCUGAUCGAGCACCACAAGCCAGCGUUUCUGAAAACAAACUAUAUCACCGAGGAUUUUGGAUUCGAAUUACUAGAAAGCAUAGUCAAGAACAAUCGACAAACGUUUCUGGAACACGAAGAACUCGCUCAUCUGCUAAGGCUCCGCGUGGCCCCAAUCUUGCUGCGUUUCUUGUCGUCAAGCAAAGACUUCACGGUGAUGGUCCGUGUAUCGCGUUUGAUCUCGCUCUUAAUUCAAGAACAAUUUGAGGUCCUCAAAAUUGAGUCCGAAGUCACCCUCUCGCUUUUAAAUCACACACUAACGAAAGAAUCCGCGACGCCCGUUUGGAAACGCAUUUUGUCUCUCGAAAUAUACCGUGCCCUAUUCAAAAACUUUGAGCUAGUCAGCAAAAUAUUCACUGAGUAUGACAACAAUCAAGAAGAAGAGCGAAAGAAAGUCUUUGCUGAUUUUUUCAGAGCAUGUCUUGAAAUCGUGAACGAGCAUAAACCGAUGCUUAACACCGGUGAUCUGGUUCAGGCUCCUCUUAGCUCUUCAGCAAACUCUGACCCUGUUCAACAGGCUAAUUCCUCAAAAUCAAAAAAGCCAACGUCCAGCUCAGCGCCUGCCACUCUCCGUCAGGCAGAGGAGAAAAAGGUUGGUCUAUCUGUCGCAAAGUCUGCGAUCAAGUUUUCCUACAUUGAUUCACUUGAUAAAGCCGACCCUCCCCAUGUACCAGAAACCUACUCCUGCUAUUUGGUCUGUCAGAUAAUCAUAAGCUUCUGCGAAGGUAUUUGCAAGGCUACUCUUGAUUUGGCUUCCGAAGGAGAAACCGUCUCAUUCUUGAACGAGACUACAUUUUCUGAAAAGUCGAAGCAACAACAGUAUGCAUGCUUGAGCGUGAUGUUGCUUUCCAAUUCGAAUGACUUGUUAGAGCUGCACAAAAUUUUCAUCUAUUCGACAAUAGAUUCUGAUCUUUUUUCCAAAGUUGUCAGAUCUCUGCAAAAACUGUGCCAUGCAUCGGGGAUAUUGUCGCUGAAAGAAACAAGGAACAAAAUUCUCAAUUUCUUUGCAAUAUCCACUCUCAAGAUAACGGGCAAAGAGGGACGCCAAAACAAAUUCCUGUCAUUCGGUGAGUCUAUAGUAGGAACCAUCAGUUCCACUAUCGGAAAUGCCGUUUCAAACAUGGCGAUGGCCUCCUCUGAGACAGAACCCAUGCAGCUGUACAGCCGAAACAUUAAUUCAUGUCAAAUCAUGUGUUUGCGGGUACUUCUGAGCUUAGCAACCUCUUUGGGUGCGGUUCUGGAUGAUAGCUGGGACAUAAUAUUCAUCACCCUUCAGUGGGUUAGCUACUAUCUUGACGGUCCCUCAGACCUCAAUAUGAAGGAAAUCCCGCCAAUGCCCACCUUACUUAAUGAUCAAGACCUUGCACAUGUGGAUUCCUCGCUAAAAAAGCUCCGAGAAAGCUUAAAUUCCCAAUCAAAAGAAGUCUUCCAUUCCAUGGUCAGGUCUCUGAUGCGUUUGUCAUCGAUGGUUCUAAAAUCAUCGCUGUCGAAUGAAGAUCGAAAGGGAACCAAACCGGUGGAUGAAGGAAAGCUUGAGCCCUCCAUUCUAAACAAAAGCUUCUUCGUCAACAAGCUCACUGAAAUUUGCGAGAUUAAUCCCAUCAAAUUUCUUGUGGAGUCAAACCAGAACUGGCGUUGUAUUAACGAGUUCAGCAUUUCAACAGCAAAAGAUAGAUCACUAGAAGAUUCACUUCGCAUACUGGUUGCUCGAAAUUUCAACACCAUAGUUAAAAAUGUCGCUGUAACAGGGUUUAAUUCCGAUUCAGAGGCCAUUAGGAAUGACACUGAAGACAAAGUCCUCAAUUCAUUGAACGACUUCAUCGACAGUUUUGCCAAAUUACCCACUUCUGAAGAGAUCUUAGUGACGAACUGCGAAAUAGAAAUUCAGCUACUCACUUUGGAUACAUUGAAGGACAUUGUUGACCAAUACGGAACAUUGAUAUCACACCAUUGGAACGUAGUUACUCAAAUGCUCAAUAGCCCGUUUGAUAUAAUUGGAAACAUGGAUGACGGUAUGUUGAAGGAGAAAGCAGUGGACGACAUUAUCACCUCUGUUCUUCGCUCGACUUUCGAAACCUUGAAAGCCAUUCUGGAUACAGUGUUGCAAAGCAUUGCAGCAAACCAAAUAAAAGUCAUCAUUGAUUGUCUCUACAACUUUGUGACUCAGAAAUUUGACCUCAACAUUUCCUUUAAUUCUAUUAGCUAUUUCUGGCUUAUCAGUGAUCAUCUAAAAGAGAAAAUUGAAUCUGAAGAAGUUGGCACUUCAACUAUUGAAAAUGUCACUGAGUCCAGGGAGCCACUGCAAAACUCCCUUGAUCUCGACUCUCUAGCGCAAGCGCCGGAUAUCGAAAAAUACAAAGGACUGUGGCUCUACCUCAUUUUGCAAUUAUCCAAGACUACCUCAGAUCCUCGAACGCAAGUCAGAAAUGGCUCAAUCCAGACUUUCUUCAACGUCAUCGACUCGUACGGGCCACUUUCUCCUUCCUGGAAACUAAUCUAUGAUAUCACAUUGAGUCCAGUUAUUAUGUCAAUUGACCCAGCAGAAGACUUAUCCAUUGGAUGGGUAGAAAGCUUCACAUUAAUUGUGAAUGGUCUUAGCAAACUCUUCAGCCAAUACUUUGAUUACACUAGUGUAUCAAGUAUAGUAUAUUGGAGGGGCUUGUUUGAUUUUUUCUCCAAAAUGAUCAACGUUGAUACAAACUGGACUGAACUCAAUCUACAAGUAUUCAAAGCAUUUUCUCACAUAGUGACUAGUUUUCAAUCUCAGCCACCACAAGAGCUAGUGGAAAUUUUGUACGACUUCUGGGCUGGUUUCCAGAUUUCGUACAAUUUAUCAGAUGAUUCGCUCUAUCAGACCUCGCUGUCGGCGUUCAUCGCAUCAUUCUCUGAUUUGUUCAAAGUUUUGAAACCGGUACUGACUUUGACGAAGUUUGAGCAUAUUCUGACGCUGCUCAACUCCUGUAUCAGAUAUCCGAUUUUGACCGGAACACAGAAAGAUAACCACAAAUGCACAGAACUCCAAAAGCAGGUCAUAGAUACUCUUGCAGGUUUAUCGUUCGAUGAUCUCAAGUACGAGUCGCUGCUGAUCCAGCAACUCAACUUGAUCGUUAUUCUUCCUUUUUCAACUAGGGAUCUGAUUCAGAAAAAAUUAGGAGCGAGGGUUUCUAAAAUACCGACAUUUAUAGCCGCGAGCCACGAGGCAUUGCAGCUUCUGAAACAGCACUUGGAGCCCAUUUCGGAUUUGACACCAUUCUUGAAUGACCGAUGCAUAAUCAAAACCUACAAAGCGCUCUUAGAACCGUCAAAAUCAAAAGAUCCAGAGUUUAAGUGCAAUGGCAAUUACCUGUGGAUGGAAAGCAUGGACAUUCUUGUCAAUUUAAGCUCACAAGUGUCUCUCCUGCUGACACACCCGGACAAGAUUAAAGAAGAAGUUAGAACACAGUUGAGCCAAUUACUGAUUCAAACGUUCAAAACAUCCUUCAGCUAUUCAACUUCCGAAGAUCAGGAAUCGGAGUCUUUUGACUUGGAGAAGUAUCAGCAAAUGAAAAGCUGUUUGGUGCCACUGUACUCUGAGAGUCCCUUAUCCUCAAGGCUUGAAGUUGAAGAGUUCAUUGUCACGGUGUGGACUUCAUCUUUCCUUUACGCCUUGGAUGACAUUGAGAAUUCAAUAUUGGAAUCCUCAAAGUCUCCAUCAGAGGUCGCUCAGAAAUUAUGCCAUUAUGAUUUGAAUCUUGUUUAUGGUUCCACUUCGGAGCUUUCUAAGUUACCCAGACUCAAGCUUGCCAAGACUUGUUUGCAAGACCUGAUUGAAUUCUCGAUUCCGCGAGAGAACAAUUCGUUGUUUGAAAAUUGUCUACCAUACUUUAUUUCUCGAUGUGCAUUUGCUCUUCGCAAACUACUGAGCGACGAGAGGCUUCUUUACAAACAGCCAGUUCCAAGAAUUCAGCAAACCGAAAUAAAUAUUGUCCUCAAUGGCCUUAUGACCAUUACCAACGUGCUCGACACUUCUCCUGAUCCGAAACCAGUCUAUGAGAAGUUGAUGGUACUUUAUCCUCUUCUUGUUCAGGCUAUAGCUGUGAAGACAGAUACAAACAUGCUUAUGCAAAAACUCACCUUGAAACUUGGCAGGAAUCAUUAA